ACGUCCCUUAGCCUUUCCCAAUGCGAAUCUCAGUGAUUCAGCCAAAGUUAGCCCUUCGCUUUUAUCUCCCUCAAUAUCAUUGGCCUUUUCUAGUAAAAUCACGCCCACUGUUUUUUCCAAAGGCCACAAAACUGUGAAAGCCACGUCUUCAUCUAAGAUAGGUUGGAGGUCUAGCAGAACCCGUUUCCAGUCAACAACGACGCAUACGCAAGACACUCCUAAGGUAGAAGGGCAACAGGUUGAUAAAGCAGUUGUGCGUCAUUCGGACUCUGUUCCAGGUCUACUCAAUCAUUCACAGCAUCUUGUCACAACUCACGCAAGCUCGCUUCCGUCAACAGUGCUGUUCCCCAACUCAGCGGGAGUUCUUCUUGGCACUUCUGUUACUGAUAAUACCUCGGCCUUCGUUGGAAAAACGAAUAGCGCUUUACAUACUCUCGGAUCAUGGGUCUUCAUUCGCUUUGCAAUGACCAUGUCAGUUGCGAGUAGCCUUUUCAACCAGUGAAUACUUCAAAAUUCGUAUGGUAGCUCUGCCUGUCUGAUCGCUUUUAAAUCAUGGAUUCACUUACUUUACUGAGGUCUUAAAUAAGGAGUGGAAUGUAUUGGAGCUGAACAUUUUGAAGGUAACCGUAUUCUUGGAAAAAAUAAUUUAAGCGAAGAUAUUGUCUUCAGGUUCGAAUGAACCCAAACACCAAAGACAUUCUGAUUCUCAUUGGCCAAUCAGGGAUGAGAUGAAUCAGUUUGCGGCCAAUCAGGGAUGAGAUGAAUCAGUUUGUGGCCAAUCAGGGAUGAGAUGAAUCAGUUUGUGGCCAAUCAGGGAUGAGAUGAAUCAGUUUGAAACACAUGUUUCCUUCGCUUGUCCAUAUGGUGGAACGUAAUUCCAUAAUGUAAAUAAACUGGAGCAGUUUUUCUGGAUAAUCAAAAACACUGGUUGAAACUAAUGUCGCUGAACUAGAAACGUACGCGAAGGUGUCUGACGACUUCCUAUGGCCCGGAUGCGUGUGAACGAAAUCUAUCGCUGAAAGAUUUGAAGUUAGCACCGGCUUGGUCAGGAACGACAAUUGAGCAAGGAAAAAAAAAAAUGUCAAAAAUUUAAAAUUCUGUCGGUCGGUGUAGUCUGAUAUCAGAUCCUUUAGGAAUAACUUCUUCUCGCCGUGAAAACUACACCGAGGAGAAACUUGCUUGAUAACUCAACAAAGAUAAGACCUCUGCUACCUGUGAAAUUAUCAAAGAAUCGAAUUCUAUGAUAUUCAAAAAUGUGAAACCUUGAAAAUCAAUAAAGGAAACAAACAAGGCAAAGCAGAAUAUUUAGUUAAUAGUUAUCAUAAUUUAAGAUCAGAAGUCAUUCCUCACUUCAUGAUAUCAGUUAUUGUAUCUUUAAAUAAAAUUUUGCGAAAAGCCUUGUAUCACAUUUUGUCAACAAGAAAACUCGGUAGUUUUCUGCACUCACGUAAAGGAGUCGAUUUCAAGAACAUUUUGACACUUUUCACAAUUUCUUUAAACACUGUAUAAAAACUCUUUUGGCUAGAUUAGGCUGUUUUAGCUAAUGUUAUUCCGUUUAGAGUGAAAGAGACUAAAAGAUUCAAAACUAUAAUCAAGAGCACUUUUAAACUUAUCAUUUCGCACCUCUUUAGUAGCUAUUGUAGCGUGGUUUUAAAGUUCCAGUCUGCAAUUUCAACCAAUAUCUGUUAGAUUCUACGAAUGCAAACAGCUUUUUGGGGGUGAAUUGAAGGAGACUUUGGAUUUCAAUGUAGUUUCUUACUAUCUUGGGAGACUCAUAAGGAGCUAAUAACAAAUAAAUGGACGAAAUUGCUCAACAGAACUCCUUGAGUGGAGAUUGGUACAGAUUUUGUUUAAAGAGACCUAAUGAUGUCAUAAAAAUAACUCGAAAUACAAGAUGUGUUACAAAAUGGUCUAAACUUACAUAUAAGUUUGCAAUAGCAUUUAUUUUUUUUAAUUUUCAAAAGAUAAUUUUCUGUGUGACAAAAUAUUAACGAGGUUAAACUACGGACUUUGAAAUAGAAAUAAAGGCAAUAAUCUGAAUAAUUAUUUUCAAAUCAAUGUCAAUCAGUAGUGGGAUGUCGUCCUCCCUUAGUUGUCAAUACACGAGAAUGUAAGAGGUAAUUUGAAUUCAAUAUUCAUCCCUAACCGCAACCUUAUCGCUUUUGAGAAGAGCUGCAAACAACUGGUUGCGGGAAUUUUAUUUUCAGUCCCGAGAGCGAAAUUUACCGACCUUAGAUCGGAUAAAAGAAAAAAGUAUAAAUGUUUGCUCCGUGUUCGGUGAAUGAUACACAUUAAGAGGGGAACAGUUUGUAACCGAAAUCGAAUAUUGCUAACAUGUUGAAAGUCUGGUUCACUGUUCAGAUGUGUUUGGCGAUUACCAUCUGCCAACAAUCCGUCCAUGGUGGACUUUUGCAGCGAAGACAUUCAACAAACAACACCUGGAAGUACGGCAAGUUUGCUUACUCUGCUUACAGAUCAGUACAAUUUACGGACAAUUCCACCAUCGUCUUCCGCUUCAAAACGACGAAAGCACACGGAAUGCUGUUUUACAUGGAUGGCGGUAGCCUUCAAGAGUUCAUUGAUGCUUUCCUGUUAAACGGGCUAUUAAGAGUUCGUAUUUCUAUGGGCAACUGCUCGGGAAAACAAAGGUUGAUAAACGGCUCAUUCACCGACCUCAAAUGGCACAAACUCACUUUACGACGAACUUCUGAAUCAGUGACUAUUGAAGUGGACAGCUUUGAAUUAAUCUAUCUCUGUCGUGGACUUAAAAAAACUGACUUCAACAAAUACGGGCCUUUCUUUGUGAGCUUCUUCCCGAUCUAUGAGUGGGGCAAAAUCAAAUGGAGAUUCCGCGAUUCUUUCUCGACUGCUUUGUCAUUUGGCGGAUUUGAAGGGUGCAUAAAAACACCGAAGUUCGCUGUAGGCGACCAAAAGUUACGCCGUGCUCGUCUUUGGAAAAGCGAGCGCACCGUGGAAGGUUGUCGUGAUGCCUGCAAAGAUCCCAGUUUUGAAGGGAAAUGCUACAAUGGCGGGAAAUGUGUGAACAAGAUUGUGAGGAGAGAAUGUGAUUGUAGCAAGACUGGAUUCAAUGGUCCAAACUGCUCCCGCGUUGCUCUCCUCGACUCCGUAGCAGGGCUGCAUUUCCACGAAGGUGCAGGUUGGUCUUUCGCAGAGUUCAGAGGUUGGGCUAUGCCUAAAAGAAGUGAGCUGCAGUUCUACUUUAAAACAGGGGCAAGUAAACCUGCCAUACUCCUGUACCAGGAUAACGGAAUGAAGGAUUUUCUUGAAAUAUCCUUGAUCAAAGAUGGCCAGGUUCAGCUUUAUCUCCGGGGCAAUCGGUGCGCGCCUGAGAAACAAACUAUUCGUCGAAACUUUACUGACAAUACUUGGCAUCUGGUGACAAUUGCAAGAAUUGGCUCACUUCUCGAUUUCAACGUCGAUAAUAUCACAGCAAAAACGAUCUCUUGUAUGGCACCUCCACAGUUAUCUGGGCUCGAUGGCAAAGCAGUCAACUUUCUCUACAUAGGGGGAAUUCCGUUAUUUGAUUCCAAAGGAAGUAAGGUCCUUAAAGAAUGGUCCCUGACCGGUCUUCUCCAAAAAGUAACCGGCGAAAACAGGUGAGAAACGAGAACGAGUGAGGCGUGAAAUA